GUUCCAUCAGCAAUAUCGACGGCGCCGAAUAUCACUGCAACAAAACUCAAGUGCGGAAAGUAAUAUCUGGAGUCGUGGGAGCUGCUUCCAGUGUCACUUCGAUCCAAGUGGCUAAUCUACUGCGCCUCUUCAAGAUCCCGCAGGUGUCGUUUUUCUCAACUAGUCCUGAACUGAGUAACAAGCAACGAUUUGAAUACUUUUCAAGGACAAUUCCAUCCGAUCAUUAUCAAGUGAAAGCCAUGGUGGAUAUCGUGAGAAAAAUGGGAUGGAGCUACAUUUCUAUCAUCUACGAAGAAUCAAACUACGGAAUCAAGGCCUUUGAAGAACUGGAGGAUCUUCUCGCCAAGUUUAAUAUAUGCAUCGCCAUUAAGGAAAAGUUGGUCAAAGAUUCGGGAGUGGCUAGGGAAUCCGCAUACGAUAAUAUCGUUCAGAAACUUCUGACAAAGCCAAGGGCACGAGGUUGUAUUAUAUUCGGAUCUGACCAAGAAGUGGCAGAGCUGAUGAAAGCCAUCCGUCGCCACAAUGCCACCGGAUACUUUUCCUGGAUAGGCUCAGAUGGUUGGAGCGCCAGAUCCGUCGUUUCAGAAGGCAAUGAAGCGGAAGUGGAGGGAACCCUUUCGGUUCAGCCACAAGCUAGAGAAGUGGAGGGAUUCAAAGAGUAUUUUUUGUCGCUGAAUGUAGAGAACAACACAAGGAACCCAUGGUUUGUAGAAUUCUGGGAACAUCACUUCAACUGUAAAUAUCCGAACAGUUCAAAAACUCCCUACAACAUGAAAAUCACAAAAUACUGCAACGGGACUGAAAAACUCACCAUAAACAACACUGUUUUCGAGGAUCAACUGCAGUUUGUUUCUGAUGCAGUUCUAGCAUUUGCCUACGCGAUUCGAAAUAUGCACAAAGACCAUUGCCAUGGAGUUCCAGGGCUUUGCGAGGCAAUGAAACCGACGAAUGGAACUGAGCUGCUGAAAUAUUUGAGAAAAGUUGAUUUUCAAGAAUUGGAAAAAAUCUAA